AGAAAUAGCAAGAGCUUAAUCAGUUAGUCGAUAGACAAAUUGGGUUAGCGUUUGCGACCAUGGGUGGCAGCUUUAGUGAAACCUCGAGGAAGAAGAGUCAAGUGGCGACUGUCGUGAUUUAAAUAACUUUAGAUUAUUAUAUUUAAUAUCGUAGAAAGAAUAAAUCAUCUGAAUAGACGAAGAUAAUAGAUAGAGACAGACAGACAUAGUAAGAAACAAAUAAAUAACAAUAACAGUUUACUGCCGGCAUUUAUAUUCAACGUUUAACUCUCUUUUCUUCGUUUUAGUUUUACUUUUAAUUUUAUUUAUAUUACUCACUGUACUUUUAUUCCUUAAAUAUUUAUAAGUAUCAGUCUGGCGCGAUCCAGCUAUUUUUUUAUCACAUCUGGAUACUCUAAGCAAUUGAAGUUUUUCAAGUGGAGAAUGAAAAUUAAACGACCCAGAUGAAACGGACGUGUCAUUAUUAUUAUUAUCGUUAUUGUCAUUUUCCAAAAACUUUUUUUUCCUGUUACAAAGUUUACAGUUUUUCUAUCUUAUAUUGUUUUGGUAUUGUUGGCUGAUUUAUUGAGGCGACCUUCUCGCUGUGGUUACAUUAUUUAUUCGUAUGUGUCAACGAAGCCGGGACCCUGUGGUCGACGAUUUGGAAAGUCUAUUGGGGUAUGACGAGGUACUACCUGAUGAUAAUUUGCUGUCUCUACACCCUCGUCGAUAUGGGAUCUCUACAUUUUUCCGAGAAAAUAUGCGAACCGGUACUUUCAACGGAGGUAGAGGGCUGGCAUAUUAAAGUCAAUAGUCUAACGUCUCGCACGAUUCGACUGUCCGCAAGAAAACGCGGGUACAGAUUUUUUCCCAAGAUCCAAAGGGGAGUGGAAGUAGAAGACUACGGCAGAAAAGAGGCCUCCCUAUCGCUCAGAGACAUUCUUCCUUUGAAUCCAAAGCAAUAUGACAAGCACAGGGCGCCAAAGUUCUAUGGGCAACCCACCAUGGUCUACUUUCACGUCACUGUUCUCAGUCUCGAUUCAAUAAAUGAGGAAUCGAUGACAUAUGUAGCAGACAUAUUCUUAGCUCAAAGCUGGCGCGAUUCAAGGCUAAGGUUACCGGAGAAUAUGUCCGAAGAAUACAGGAUACUGGACGUCGAUUGGCUCCACAACAUAUGGCGUCCUGACUGCUUCUUCAAAAACGCAAAAAAAGUUACUUUUCACGAGAUGUCGAUACCAAAUCACUAUCUCUGGCUUUAUCAUGACAAGACUUUGCUCUACAUGUCCAAGCUAACACUGGUUCUCUCAUGCGCAAUGAAAUUUGAAUCUUAUCCUCAUGACACUCAGAUUUGUUCGAUGAUGAUAGAGAGCCUAUCGCACACGACGCAGGAUUUAGUUUUCAUCUGGAACAUGACAGAUCCACUGGUUGUGAAUCCUGACAUAGAACUGCCGCAAUUGGACAUUUCAAAUAAUUAUACAACCGACUGCACAAUCGAAUAUUCAACCGGCAAUUUUACUUGCAUUCAAAUAGUAUUCAAUCUGCGACGUAGACUUGGUUAUCAUCUAUUCCACACGUACAUACCCUCUGCGCUAAUUGUCGUCAUGUCCUGGAUCGCCUUCUGGAUAAAGCCUGAAGCAAUUCCUGCAAGGGUUACUCUAGGAGUUACCUCCCUUCUCACUUUAGCAACUCAAAAUACACAGUCCCAGCAAUCAUUGCCACCAGUCUCAUACGUAAAAGCCAUCGAUAUAUGGAUGUCGUCAUGCAGCGUCUUCGUAUUUCUCUCUUUGAUGGAAUUCGCUGUCGUAAAUAAUUACAUGGGUCCUGUUGCCACCAAAGCAAUGAAAGGAUACUCUGAUGAAGACCUUAGAGAAUCAAUAGAUGAAUUUAAGACUCCAAUGAGGCCAGAAUCGAGAAAUCGGAGUCCAGUGAGGCCACUUAGCGUCCAGUACGACACUUGCUGUCACGGAAGAGCAACGGCCAUCCUAAUAGAUAAAUUUUCCCGAUUUUUUUUCCCCUUUUCCUUCGCCAUUCUCAACGUUGUCUACUGGAGUACUUUCCUCUAACUAUUUUUCUUUAUUAAUUUCUCAUUAUUCAUAAUAAAAAACAUCUCUCCGUACAGGUGUUUUAUAAGUACAAUAAAUUACUCUCACGAGUUUUAUAGAUCAUUACAUUAAAAAUAAUAAUCUAUUUGAAUAAUAAAUAAUAAUUAAUGAACAAUAAAUACAUUGUAUUACUGACAUUUAACACGUAGAAAAAUAAAUGUUGUUUUAAACAGCAUA